AUGUGGUGUGUGGGUGAAAGAUGUAAAUAUGCAAUUCACAAAGUAAGUGCAGAAUUACAUAAUAAUUCGGAUUCAUAGUGAAAUAUAUUUCCCAUUUUCUCCGAUCGUCAGUCGAAAGUCGCCGUCGUGGUAGGGAGUUCUUCUCCACCGAGUCCGCGUACCUUGACUGGAGAUAAAGAAAAAGAACACGUGAGUUCGUUGCGAAUGUUGAUGAUUGAUUCUGUAUAACGAGACGGCACAGAGAGGAGUGAGGAAAAAGAGCAAGUGCAAACCGAGGGUAAGAGGAUGAUAACGCGAUCCAAGUUGGCCGAGCAGCUCAGAGAGUAUCAGACUCGAUCCAAAUAUGAUUGGACUUCCGGUUCUUUAUUCUCCACCUCCUCCGCUCUCGCCUCUUCUAGGGUUGAUGUUGCAGUCUUUGUUAUAUGGGAGCUUGUUAUUUUAGCAUUCUUUGUGUUCUCAGCUGUUUCAUUAUACUUUAAGCAUUUAAGGCUUUCUAUGUUUUUGUUAUGUACUACACUGCUUCUGCUUUUAUGCAUGAAAAUUACAAAGCAAGUAAGAGUUGCUCGGAAGAAGCAACGAAGGAUGCUUCUUCCAUUAUCUAUGUAGGUGCCAAUGAACUGUAAACUUUUCCACAAGUGAGUCAACUUUUUCAUGUAUAUUUUGAGAGUUCAUGGCCAUUGCUUUUGGUCAGUUUAUCUUCUUUGGUGUUUGUUAUAUGUAAUAGCAUUUAAACCUAGCUGAUGAAAAGAGCUAAGUGGUGUCCUUGCCCCUCCGAGGAAUGAUUAAAGCAGUGUGGUAAUCAACUGAAUUGUGCAGUUUUGGUUUGACAGGUUCAUUGCCUUUUAAGAUUGUUUACUUUUCUUGAAGUCUUUAUUUUGCUUGAUUUAUUUGCUGAUUUCAGUCAGGGUUUGUUCUAAUACAGUUGUAAUUUUUCUAACCACUUCUUUUUAUUGUCCAAGAGAUGGUGAAUUCUUCCUACCACUCGUCCUCCCAAUUUCUGAGGAAGCAAGCUACCCAUGUUCUAAUCAAAUAUGCACCUUGAUUUUCAUUCUUUUGGUAUGCACACUCAUACUUUUUUCUCAUAAAUCCUGAUUUCACUACAGUUUUGCAUGUCUUUAUAG